AUGUUACAGGGCGAUGCUAUACAAAUCCUUGGACAACGAACCAAUCAGGCUUACAUAGAAUCGAAAUUGAAUGUUUCUAAUUGUUACACUAUAUCCGACUACAAUUGUCCUGAAUUGGAUAGACAUCAAAAAGUGCUAGAAAAUACUUUCUAUAUCGAUGUUGGUCUCAGCUCCACUAUCAGUCCACUUCCAGAUACAGUGACCAUACCAACAACUUGGUUUCGGUUUGUUUCCAAACCACAGUUGAUAGAUCUUGGAGAAAAUCCACCGUAUUUUCCAGACUUCAUUGGGGUGCUAUCGAAGAUCAGAGAUUGUACGAAACAAGAUGGCCAGUCUUUUAUCCUUCUUAUUCUUAUGGAUGACAGCGGUAAUGAAAUCGCAAUCAACCUAUGGAAAGAAUGUAUUACUGUUCCAACAAAAUUUGAUCGCAGCCUACCUAUUCCACUCCCCACUAUCACAGUGGUAGCUGUGACAAAUCUUAAACCCUCCGUUUCGGCCGGUAAGAUACAUUUACUAAACAGAAAAAUAUACAUAAUGUGA